ACCGACAUGUUUAUCUGUCUUGUUUAUCUUUUUCUUUGACGUUUAAUCGCAACAAAUGCCCUGCAGCCCGGUGUACAGGAUAAUUUACCGAGUGCGCACUACGCAUCGCCCGAAUCCAGAAUUCGAGAUGCAUUUUGGAAAAAAAAAGAUGAGUAAAUUUGGCUUGAUUCGUUCGAUCUGAACUAGUUAUACAUCAUGUUGGUUUCGCCGCGUUACAGAAGGAAUUAAUGAUAUUGCUGACUACUGGUAAGUGGUGUAUGUUAACCAAUCUCUGCGCCACUGAAAAAAUGCAAACAUUUAAUAUGAAUGCAUACAUUGCUGUAAGGUUAACUUUACAUUUGGCUUGUUGUCAAACAAAAGAAUGAUUAACAAACCUAUAUCGACACCAAAAUGCUGUCCAGUUGACAAGGACCGUGAGCAUGGAGAAUUUAUUAAAUCUAUAUGAAGAACUAAAUAAAAAUUAUUUAGACGCCGAUGUUUCCGCCGGCAUACCCGUGCGCAGGACGGACGGCACCUUUAAUAUCUGACGUCGCCAGCCCCCGUUCCGCGGAUUGGUCGCGAGAAGAGGCUGGAGACGUGAAGAGCGAGACCACUGAACGAACUAGUUAACGGAGGAACUCCCGAAUCGCUCAGUCGUCUGGAAAACAAGCGCGUCUUUCACAUCUAUGGGCUUCUGGGAUGUCGACAAGGAUACAGGCAACGUCACUGGGAUUUCUUCCAAAGCGCCGUAACUGAGUGAGAGCUUAAGGCGGUUAUCAGAAAGGAUGCCUGCCCGCCUGGCCACGGAGAUGCUGCUGACGAGAAAGUAGAAGUCGGAGUCGAUUCCGCGGGACAAUCCGUUAUCUUAAGCACUGCGAUUCUAACACAUUUGAGCAAUAAACAGCGGAUUUUUUUUUCUGGGGUGGGGUGCAUCGGAUUUUUUACGGAUAAUUCCAGACAGCUGGGGAAACUAUCGUAUUUGAUUUGUUUGUUUACUCGUGCAAACUCUCCGCGUUCUGAUGCCUACUGCACCAGAAGCAACAGAAUGCAGGUUGCUCCAUCAUGGCAGGAUCAUGAAGUAUUUGACUCUCCUACUCUUGCUUCCAGAAACGCUGAAAAAGUCGCGCAAGGCUGCAAGGCACCCGGCCAGGCUGCCAGUAUGCUUUGAUAUCGUUACUCUGUCCUUGAAGAAAAAAAUGGCAGCGGAACUCUACCCCGUGAGCGAGAAAAGCAACACGCAGAAAAGCGAAGCCACCACGCUAACUCUAUCCGAGAGGGACAUCCAAGCAGUCACGCAGAGCCCGACCACCGCCACGACUCCGACCACCGAGCAAAACAUCAACAAUAACAACGUGGACGUCCCGAGUUGGCCGUCGGCACAUCCCACACUUCGCGAGAGGAACGCUUUGAUGUUUAAUAAUGAGCGUAUGGCAGACGUACAUUUCAUCGUCGGUCUGCCAGGCGCAACGCAGAAAGUUCCGGCGCACAAGUAUGUACUGGCAGUUGGGAGCUCCGUUUUCUGCGCCAUGUUUUACGGGGACCUAGCGGAGGAAGGUUCGGAGAUCCACAUACCAGAUGUGGAACCCGCUGCGUUUUUAAUUCUGCUCAAGUACUUGUACAGUGACGAGAUCGAGCUGGAGGCGGACACAGUACUGGCAACGCUCUACGCCGCGAAGAAGUACCUGGUGUUGUCGCUGGCGCGAGCGUGCGUAAGCUUCCUGGAGACGGGCUUGGAGGCGCGCAACGCCUGCGUGCUGCUCUGGCAGAGCCGCCUGUUCGAGGAGCCAGAGCUGGCGGAGCGCUGCUGGGAGGUGAUCGACGCGCAGGCCGAGCUGGCGCUGCUCUCCGAGGGCUUCUGCGCCAUCGACCGGGCCACGCUGGAGAGCGUGCUUGGGCGGGAGACGCUCAACGCCAAGGAGGCCUCGGUGCUACAAGCAGCGCUGGCCUGGGCGGAGGCAGAGUGCGGGCGGCGCGGCCUCAGCCCCUCCCCACGUAACCGGCGCUCGGCGCUGGGCACGGCUCUGCACCUGCUGCGCCUGCCCGCCCUCAGCCUGCAGGAGUUCGCCGACAACGCGGCGCAGUCCGGCGUGCUGACGCUGGAGGAGACGCGCGACCUGUUCCUCUGGUUCACGGCAGCCGACAAGCCGGUGCCGGGCUUUCCUGUGGCGCCGCGGGCCGGGCUUCGCCCCCGACGCUGCCGCCGCUUCCAGUCAGCGGCGCGCCGGGGCAACCAGUGGCGCUACCGUGGGCGCUGCGACAGCAUCCAGUUCGCCGCCGACCGCCGCGUUUUCCUCGCCGGCCUGGGCCUGUACGGCUCGAGCGGCGGCCGCGCGGAGUACAGCGUGCGCAUCGAGCUGAAGCGGCAGGGCCAGUUGCUGGCACAGCGGCGAAGCUCCUUUGUCUCCGACGGCUCCAGCGCCACUUUUCCCGUGUGGUUCGAGCACCCCGUGCAGGUGGAGGCCGACGCUUUCUAUACGGUGAGCGCCGUGGUGGAGGGCAGCGAGCUCAGCUACUUCGGCCAGGAAGGCAUGACGGAGGUGCAAUGUGGAAAGGUCACAUUCCAGUUCCAGUGCUCCUCGGACAGCACCAAUGGCACAGGUGUGCAAGGGGGGCAGAUUCCUGAACUGGUGUUCUAUGCCUGAGGGUUCGUACCCGUGCAAUUCAGAGAGAACUCGCUGGGUGUUUGGGUCCAGAAACAUUUGGUUAGCCCAUGAACAAUAAUGCCAAAAGACACGAUCAGAUUAGACAUUAAGAGGUCGGGGAUGACUUCCAACUCUGAAAAGGAAUUCUCCAAAUGUAUUUAUUUCUUUAAACUUAUUUUAAAACUCAUACUGUAAUUUAAACUUAUUUUAUUUUUUAAUUAAUUAUUCACACACGGCCUCUGUCAGAGAACAGGAGGAGGGUCACACUGCGUUCGGAACAGCCAACCCUUACUAAUGUGCUUUGUUUUCAUUUCCAAUUUAAUAUUUACUUGUUUAUUUGCUGACAACGUGAAGUUGAAUGACAGAAUACUGUGCACUAGGGACAGACAUGUGACUGAAGAAUGCCAGCAAUGGCCAGUUUCAAAUCACAAGUCUUCAUCUGACUUAGAAAUAAAAAGACAAAGGAGCUAAAUGAA